UUUCCGGAGAGCCAGUGUGCUAGCAGUGUGCUAACGGUGUGUGCUAACAGCUAACAGCUAGCAGCUAGUUUAAGGUGUUUAAAGAGUCCUCGCGCCGUCUCCCAGCAGCUCGAGGCCGACGCUCUUCUUCUACUCUCUCGCUCAUGUUGCUGCUCGACUGAAGAAGCUUCUGGAAGCUGCUCGUGCCCGCGAACAGUCUCCAUGGCUACGGAAGAGUUCUACGAGGUGGAGCGUGUGCUGGACAAGCGCAGGAACAGGAAGGGGAAGGUGGAGUACCUGGUGCGUUGGCGUGGUUACGGCGCCGAGGGAGACACCUGGGAGCCCGAGGCCCACCUGUCCACGUGCAUGGUCUACGUGCACGACUUCCACCGCCAGCAGGCCGAGCGCCAGAGGGACGCCACGUUACUGCGCUCCACGCGCCACUGCAGCCCCGCCCACAGGGCGCCCUACAGGCCCCCCCCACGCAGUGACAUCAUCGGAGCCCCCCUCGGCCAGGCGCUGCCCCCCCCCCUGCUCGGGCUCAGGAACUCCCAGCAGCCCUCUGUGAUGUCAGCGUCUCCGUCUCCAGGUGGUUCAGCCCGGCGCAGUAUGGACCUGUCUAAGACGGGCAUUAAGAUCCUGGUCCCGAGGAGCCCUCUGAUUGGCUGCCGGGACUCUGAGGAGUCUCCCAGCGAGGCCGGCGCCGUGGAGGCCGUCGCCGUGGAGACGCACGCCGUCCCGCCGGAGGUGGCUCUGGUGGGGGGGGCGCUGGGGCCCGGAGAGGAGAGGGCCCGCAUGGGGACCAGGCCCCGCAGCCAGAACCCCCCAGGACCCCCCCCCAGGCUGCCCCUCACACCCACAGCCAUGCGCUCACUCUGCAACACAGGUAACUCUGGGUUGAUGGAGGCGGUCGCUGCCAACGGGAUGUCUGGCGUGCAGAGCGUGGUUACCGGGGCGACCGGUGUCACUGGGGCGACCGGCGCCACCGGGAAGCGGCGUCUGGAGGAGCGCUCUGCGUUCGACAAGCGUCUGAGGUUCAGCGUUCGCCAGACGGAGAGCGCCUACCGCUACCGCGACAUCGUGGUGAAGAAACAGGACGGCUUCACGCACAUCCUGCUGUCGACCAAGAGCUCUGAGAACAACACGCUCAACCCUGAGGUAAUGACCCCCAAAACUGCCCCAAAGACGUUUGUGAACUCGUUCAUCCAGUUCAGGAAGCCGAUCGUUGCCGCGGUGAACGGCGCGGCGCUGGGCCUCGGCGCCGCCCUGCUGCCGCUGUGUGACGUGGUGUGGGCCAAUGAGAAGGCUUGGUUCCAGACGCCGUACGCAUCAUACGGCCAGACGCCAGACGCCUGCUCGUCCUUCACCUUCCCCCGCAUCAUGGGCCUCGCAUCGGCCAAUGAGCUGCUGCUGAGCGGCAGGAAGUUGACAGCCCAGGAGGCGGGCUCUAAAGGUCUGGUGUCUCAGGUCCUCUGGCCGGGAACCUUCACACAGGAAGUGAUGCUGAGAGUCAAAGAGCUGGUAGCAGUGGACUCUCUGGUCCUGCGUGAGUCCAAAGCCCUGAUGAGGAACACCAGCCGCAGUGCCCUGGAGCAAGCCAACGAGCGCGAGUGUGAAUCCCUGAAGAGAGUGUGGGGCUCCUCGCAGGGAACCGACGCCAUCCUGCAGUACCUGCAGCGGGGAACCGAGCUCUGCUAGAACCAGGACCCAGGACACAGCACAUUCUGAGUAGUGACUCAGCACAUUCUAAGCAGUGACUCAAGACAUUCUGAGUCUGAGCAUGACUCAGCACAUUCUGAGUCUGAGCAUGACUCAGCACAUUCUGAGUCUGAGCAUGACUCAGCACAUUCUGAGUCUGAGCAUGACUCAGCCCAUUCUGAGUCUGAGCAUGACUCGGCACAUUCUGAGCAUGACUCGGCACAUUCUGAGCAUGACUCAGCACAUUCUAAGCAGUGACUCCAAGACAUUCUGAGUCUGAGCAUGACUCGGCACAUUCUGAGCAUGACUCGGCACAUUCUGAGCAUGACUCGCCACAUUCUGAGCAGUGACUCGCCACAUUCUGAGCAGUGACUCGCCACAUUCUGAGCAGUGACUCGCCACAUUCUGAGCAGUGACUCGCCACAUUCUGAGCUGGACAGAAAACCUGGAACGUUUCCUCCUCUUGUUGUGAACAUGUAAGUUAUAUUUUCAGCGGUUUCAGGUUUCUGUAAAUCCUCUCGUUCUCUGUGGCGAGGGAAACGGCGAGGGAAAUGGCGAGGGAAACGGGCGAGGGAAACGGGAUUAAUUAUCACAGAUUUAUAAAUGCUGAGGGCGCUGAGAUCUCUGGCAGUCUGAACGGACCCUGAACACACCUUCAGAGCUUUAAACAGCUCAUCAGACUGAGAGGCUAACAGUUUCCCCCUGCCUUCAGUCUUUGUGCUAAGCUAGGCUAACAGUUUCCCCCUGCCUUCAGUCUUUGUGCUAAGCUAGGCUAACAGUUUCCCCCUACCUUCAGUCUUUGUGCUAAGCUAGGCUAACAGUUUCCCCCUGCCGCCAGUCUUUUUGCUAAGCUAGGCUAACAGUUUCCCCCUGCCUCCAGUCUUUGUGCUAAGCUCAGCUAACAGUUUCCCCGCCUCCAGUCUUUGUGCUAAGCUAGGCUAACAGUUUCCCCCUGCCUCCAGUCUUUGUGCUAAGCUAGGCUAACCGUUUCCCCCUGCCUCCAGUCUUUGUGUUAAGCUAGGCUAACAGUUUCCCCCUGCCUCCAGUCUUUGUGCUAAGCUAGGCUAACAGUUGUUGACACUCCGAGAACGAGAGGAUUUCUAAAAUGUUGGACUGUUCCUUUGAAAGGUGACCUUUGACCUCUCUGAUGAAUUUCUUCACGGAGGAGUAAACAGGAAGUGGAGGGAGGAGUAAACAGGAAGUGGAGGGUGGAGUAAACAGGAAAUGAACUACCAACGCUGACCUGACUCCAUCAGGACAAACUGAACACGUUCAGACUCAGAGACUCCACACAGAUGCAUUCUGGGUAAAUGUGAGAAGGAUUGUGAUGUGAGCAUGUGCAGAGCUACGGCCACACCACUGGGACAAAGUGAGGAACUAAAGAGAGGCUGAUGGUCUCUUAAAGCUAACUGGUCAGAGCCCAACAACGCUCACUUUUACUGGCUGAACGCAGCUGCCAUGGUCCCUGAAAGCACCGCCAGAUGAAGGUGCUUUCAGGGACCACUGAGCUGUACACAGGGCUUUAAAUUAAUUUGUUUUGAUCACCAGCUGACAUGGCUAGUUGGUUUUAAAGUUGCCAGCCAAUCAGAUCGUCCGCUAGCCGAACUGAAGUAGACUUUCAGCUGAUCGUGUUCGUUUCUCGCCGUUCUGGUCGUCUUCUCCGUGUCAGCGUAGCUCGCAAUCGCUACGGCACGCUAGGCACGUAGCACGCUGUUGUAUGACACGUCACAACAGAGUGCUCAUGGGAUAUGUAGGAUUAGUACUACACACACACACACACACACACACACACACGGACACACAGAGACAUACAGACACACACAUAGACAUACACACAGAGAGACACACACACACACAGAGACACACAGAGACAUACACACACAUAUACACACACACACACACACACACACACACAUCGCGGCCAUCUGUAACUAUGUGCUUUGUCCGAGUGGGGUAGCCGUAGCUAUGAAUUGUGGGUAGAUAUUGACAGUAAGUGGGCGUGGCUAUGAAUUCUGGGUAAAUAUUGACUAAAGGGGGCGUGGCUUGUGAAUCAUGUGAUCAUGCAUCUGAACAGGAAGUUAUUAAUUAUUAAACCGUUUGUGUGUAAAAUUAAACAACUCAUAUAUUUCAGAA